GAGAGUGUGAGAGAGAGAGAGAGAGAGAGAGAGAGAGUGACAGCAUAUUUACAUUGCAGAGGAUUUCUGAAGUAGCUAAAGAGUUUGAAUACAUAAGUAUUAAUCUGGACGAGAAGACGAAGAGGAAGAUGAAGCUGUUCCUCCGUUCAGCUUUGGUGUGUGUGGUGGUGGGACUCGUGGGGACUCUGGUGAAGACAGAAGAGCGGUUCUGUUCUGAUGGACUCAUAAACACUUCAUGUAAUCAAAAAGCCCACAGUCUUUAUCAAGAGGACGUUGAUUAUGUGAGUUAUGAGCAGUUAAAGCAGAUGUUGUCAGCUGGAACUCUGCAGCUGUUGGAUGUUCGUGAACCGGAAGAGUUUAAGGAAGGGGUCAUUCCAGGAGCAAUUAACAUUCCAUUGUAUGAGGUGCAGCAGGCUUUCUUACUGACUCAAGAUCAAUUUAUGCAGCGUUACGGUGUCCCGCUACCUGAGAAACACUCCUCAGAUGUGAUCCUGUACUGCCAGAGGGGGCGCCGCAGCCUCACUGCACUGCACACUUUACACACACUGGGCUACAGCAGAGCUCGUCAUUAUGUUGGAGGUUAUAGCGAGUGGCUCGAACAUGAAGCCAAGUGAAACUGCAGUCUGGUCUGGGAACAGUUUUGUACAGCAAGACCUGUGUGUGUGUGUGUGUGUGUGCGUGUGUGUUCAUUCAGGUGACAGGACAGUUUAAUAAAUGUAUAUUAACUGAGAAUGCUUUAUUUCUCAGUGCUUUAA